GCAUGAAAUAGUUGCUCAUGCCUGAAGUUUUAUGCGGAAAGUUCUUUGUAGAAUUGAAUUCAAUAUGGAAAGCAUUUGCAGAAUUUUAUUUUUAAAAAAGAAACAAAAAUUAAAGAGUGACCCCAAAAAGGCUAUUUGUGCAAUUCAUCCCUUUAAUUGAAGGGAUUCUUCGAAACUUUUCUCUCUAUCUGCGACACACCUGACAGCCCGGCUGAACAACCGAUCUCUCACAUCCUUCAUCUUUCUUUCCCGUCUUGUUCUUCUUCCCCUCUCACUGCCGGGACGACGCCGGCGACGCCUUUCUCCCCCGUACUCUGUCCGGCCGUCCUCUCUCCUCCUACUUCUUUGAAAUAUCUCCUUAAUUAGUUACGUUUGAAAGGGCGUCAAAAACUGGUCCAAACCUGCAAAUCCAGUAAUUCUGACCAAAUAUACCAAACGGAUAUAAAGUCGAAACUUUAUAAAAAUCAAAAUUCUGACCUCACCUCAUUUUCAGUCUCCCGUCUCCCGUCAUUGCUGAAAAUGGAGAACACAAGUUACUCAAAGUUGAAAAAAUCUUUUGUGGUUGGAGUACGCAGCUUGUUAAAUUCUUGCUCUAGAAAGAAAUUUGGUGAAACUUUCCCCAAUUUCACUCCAGCAGAAGUUGAAAGACUUCAUCGGUUAUAUUUUGAGGUGAUUAAUGGUUUGACCGAGAGUAUAGAGGAUGAAUUUGAGUCUUUAUGCGAGGAGACACAGGCAGGAACAACUCUAAACAUGGUGGAGGAGCUUGUGGAAGAACAACGCUUGGAAGAAAGCUUGAACCCCUUGUUUCUGGAGAGGAGCAAUACUGAAGAAGUCCUGGGGCACUGCCUAUCUGAAGCCAAAAAGGACGAGAUCAGUUACUUGAUGGCUAUGUUAGAGAAGGCAGAAGAACAGAAACGUGCCGUCACUUCUCUUCUUGAAGCCCUGAAGAAAGAAAGGCAUGAUAGUACGGAUAAUGAAGACAAAACUCGAAGUUUACUUUGAUUCAGGUGUUAUUCAACAUAUAAGCAGUGAAUGCACGUCCACUGCACUUCAGUUAAUGACAAAGUUUAUGCAACUGUCCUAGACGAAUUAAAUGUACUCCUUUUGCUACAAAUAUAUACAGUAGUAACGAAUGUAUAGGAGUAACUUCUCACUGAUAUUGUUAUUUUGUCUAAAGUUGUAGAUCAUGGGCGGAUUUAUAGGUGUAUUACGGGGCAUGUGAACCCAUGGUCUCUCCGUAAAAUUAGAUAUUUUAUGUACAUAUUGAAAAAUUGAUAUAGUAUUAACUGUUGCCACCCCAUGCUCCAAGAAGGUUGAAUGGUGCACUUGGUCGAAGGUUGAGUUAUUUACCAAGAGUAAUAGGGAUCAAUUUGUGAUAUUAGGUACUCGUAAAAAGGAGGCUGUUAAAUAAUACUGAUAAGGGUCCAGCUGCUGUGGGACCAUAUUCUCAAGCUAUCAUGUCUCUGGCACUCUAGGUUCCAGAGGUCUGUGAUAAUCGUAGUGUUCGGGCUAGAAAAUUGUAAUAUAGUUAUUUAUUUUUUAAUCUUAGAUCAUUUGAACU